AUGAAAAUCACCUGGAUUUUCGUAUUACUGGCCAUUUUGUGCUGCGGGUUUGCGACAGCGGCGACCGAUGACAACGAGUUUGCCGAGUUUGAAGAUGAAUUCAUUGAGAAUUCUGUGACGGAUGCUCCACCAACACAACAGGAGGAUAGACGGCCGGUGCCACCAAUUGUUGAACAGAGAGAUGACUUUGAUGACGAUGAUUUCGGAGUUGUCGACGAAGAAGACCACGAAGAAGUGGAGAAAGUGAAGGAGACUGAUCCUGAUGAGCCAACUCCAGUUCAAUCUCUGAAAUUCACUGACGUCCCAGCUCAUUUCCGUUCAAACUGGGCAUCAUAUCAAGUCGAAGGACUCGUUGUACUCGUUAUUCUCAUCUAUCUUGUCAAUUAUAUCAUCGGAAAGACUACAAACUCUUCUAUCGCUCACGUCGUUUUUGAAAUGUGUCGGCCGACUCUCGAGGAGCAAUUUUCUGUGGUCGGAGACGAUGGAAUCACCGAAUUGGACAAACACGAGACCCAAUUGAGAAGAGACACCGACUCCACGUUCUCCGCAUGGUGCAGUGGACGUAUCAAUGUGAACUCGAUGUUUUUACAGAUGAAAAUGCUGAAGCGCCAAGAUCUCGUCUCUCGUGUCAUGGACAUUUUCGAUCCAUCCUAUGACAAAAUGACGAUUAAAAUCCAGUUGGAGGGUGGAAACGACGUCGAUCCACUGAUUUUCGCUGUCGGAGAGAAGAAAAUCGCCUCGAAAAAUUUUAAAGAGAUGUUCGACCUGAACAGUUACGUAUCCGAGAGAAAGCAGGCGGCUCAACAAUUGAAUCUUCCUGCCACGUGGCAACUCUACGCCGAUCAGAAUGAGGUUCUCUUCUCGAUUCUGGAGCCAGGAGUGGUGUCGUUGUUGAAGAAACACGAGGAGGCCAUCGAGUUCAUUCACAUCUCCGAUCAAUACACAGGACCAAAACCAGCGGAGGGAGAGAGUUACACGAGACUUCCAGACCCACAACGAUUCAUGUUUGUCUCGUUGAAUUUGAAGAAUUUGGGACAGGAUGAAGAGUCGGCAACGGAGAUUUUGAAUUUGGUAUUCUAUUUGAUUGAUAAGGUGAAGAAGAUGAAGUUGAGUAAAGAUGCCAAACAGAAGGCGGAGAAGAGAAGAAAGGAUUUCGAGGAGGCAUUCUUGAAGCAGACUCAUCAAUUCAGACAAGAAGCUGCUCAGGCUAGAAGAGAGGAGAAGACGAGAGAGAGAAAACAAAAAUUGAUGGAUGAGAACGAUCCGGAUAGACAGAAACGUCUGGAAGCGAAGGAAAUCAAGAGAGAGGCGAAGGCCAAGCAGCCAAAGAUGAAGCAGCUCAAAGUGAAGUAA